AUGUUGAAAUUCAAAGUUUGGGUAAUUUGUUUCUCAUUUUUACUCAUUGUACUGAAAAGGAUUUUUUUAUUAGAUUUGAUGGAACCGGGCACAAGACUUCCAAAAAAGAAUCUACAAAUUCGGGAAGAGGUGUGUCAGAGGCUGAACCAAAGAAUUGAAGGUUGUACAAAUCUCGCCGGAGUACUCUUUAUGCUAAGAUUUUGGGUACCAAAUGACCUGAAAAGCAAAGAAGAGGUACAAUUGAUUUCCAUGAGAGCAUUAUAUAUGUUGCAUCCUGAUAGAGCCGUCAACCACACACUGCUUGAACAAGUUGAAGCAUUUGACAAAAUAUUACUUAUUAAUUUCUGGAUGCAGGCCGAGCAUGACAUAAGAGAAUGUCAUGAAUCGAUGAUGACUCCCGUGGCACGCCCAUUACUAGGAGGUAGAGUGCAUCAACAUAAAAAAUGGGACUUCCCUCCAUGGUUGAAAUUAAUGUCGGCUUAACCAUCGAGUAAGGAGAUGAGUUUCUUUCUAUAUUGUUGUUGUUCUCUAUUCGUUCUCGAUCCGGCUAUGAACUUUACUUUGGUAUGCAUGUUACUUGUUCUAUUGUGGUGGGUUUCUGUAUAGAAUAUUACGUCUUAGUUAAAUUCUUGUCCUAUUGCUUUUUCCUAGAUCUUUAUGCUCUUGUUUAGUUGUAAUAUGCUUGCAAACUGCCUGUGUCCCUUUAAUCAAUUUAGGUUUUCCUUUAAUCUUUUUUGUUAGUAUCUAGUGACUAGUGAUUCUAGUCUCGACCUAUGUUACUGUUACCCUUUGUAAAUAAAAGUAUUUUGGAGUUGAUUUCA